AUGUCUCUCACACAGAAGAUCGAGACUCCCUCAAUCACCUACGAGCAACCAACUGGUCUGUACAUCGAUGGCAAGUGGGUGAAGGGCAAGGAGGGCAAGACCUUCGAGACCAUCAACCCCACCAACGAGAAGCCCAUCGUCGCUGUCCAAGAGGCCGGUCCCGAGGAUGUUGACAUUGCCGUCAAGGCUGCCCGCAAGGCGCUGAAUGGCGUAUGGGCGCAGACCAUGCCCUCAAGCCGUGGUCAGAUGCUCACCAAGCUCGCCGACCUCCUCGACGAGCACGUCGACACACUGGCCGCGAUCGAGUCCCUCGACAACGGCAAGGCCCUGUCAAUGGCAAAGGUCGAUGUCUCGCUUGCAUCCGGCUGCCUGCGCUACUACGGUGGCUGGGCUGACAAGAUCCACGGAAAGACCAUCGAUACUGACCCGGAGACAUUCAACUACACCCGCCACGAGCCCGUCGGUGUGUGCGGUCAGAUCAUCCCAUGGAACUUCCCUCUCCUCAUGUGGGCGUGGAAGAUCGGCCCUGCGCUUGCCACUGGUAACACUGUCGUUCUGAAGACUGCUGAGCAGACUCCUCUGUCUGGUCUGUAUGCUGCCACUCUUUGCGAGAAGGCUGGCAUCCCAGCUGGUGUCGUCAACAUUCUGUCCGGCUUCGGCAAGACUGCUGGUGCCGCUAUUGCCUCGCACAUGGACAUUGACAAGGUCGCCUUUACUGGCUCAACUGUCACUGGCCGCACUAUCCUCCAGGCUGCUGCCAAGUCCAACUUGAAGAAGGUCACCCUCGAGCUCGGCGGCAAGUCACCCAAUAUCAUCUUCAACGAUGCCAACAUUGAGGACGCCAUCUCAUGGGUCAAUUUCGGCAUUUUCUUCAACCACGGCCAGUGCUGCUGCGCCGGCUCGCGUAUCUACGUGCAGUCAGGUAUCUACGACAAGUUCAUCGAGGCAUUCAAGAACCGAACUGCCAAGAACGUUGUUGGUGACCCAUUCGCCAGCGAUACCUUCCAGGGUCCUCAGGUCAGCCAGCUUCAGUUUGACCGCAUCAUGAACUACAUCCAGGCCGGUAAGGAUGCUGGUGCCAAGGUUGAGACCGGUGGCGAGCGUCACGGCAAGGAGGGUUACUUCAUCCAGCCCACUAUCUUCUCCAACGUCUCAGAAGACAUGAAGAUCAUGCAAGAAGAGAUCUUUGGUCCCGUCUGCUCGAUCUCGAAAUUCGAGACAGAAGAUGAGGUCAUCAAGAAGGGUAACGAGACCACCUACGGUCUCGCUGCUGCCGUCCACACCACCAACCUCAACACCGCUAUCCGUGUCUCGAACGCACUCAAGGCCGGUACCGUCUGGGUUAACUGCUACAACAUGCUCUCGUACCAGGUGCCAUUCGGUGGCUUCAAGGAGUCUGGCAUUGGUCGUGAGCUUGGCAAGUAUGCGCUGUCGAACUACACACAAGUCAAGUCCGUCCGUGUCAGACUUGGCGGUGCUCUGUUCGGUUAA